UGGGGUCCCGACAAACAAAUCAACGUGACUGCGCAGAAUCCCAAGGCAAUGUUGAUGGGAUAAAAAUAACUUUGACACCGUAAUCGAAAACAUGGCGACAGAAGCGUCAAGCAAUGAACUGAUAUCUCAAUCAGGCAUUCCUCAAGCAGAAUUUGUUGAGGAUGUGGAAGAGUUUAUGAAGCGCUUGGAAAACAGUGAAUCAGCAGAGAAUGUUCUACGCAGACUGGAUGAGCUGCACAGUAAAUACAAGUUUAUGGAAUACAACCUUAACACCAAGAAAGCAAGGUUGAAAGGUCAGAUUCCCGACAUUACAACAACACUUGGUAUUGUUAAACACUUGCAGUCAAAGAAGGAUUCUACAGAACCAUUAGAAACUAGGUUUUUGCUGUCAGAUCAGGUUUAUGCCAAGGCAAGCAUACCCCCAACAGAUAAAGUGUGUUUGUGGUUAGGUGCAAAUGUGAUGUUAGAAUAUAAUCUAGAUGAUGCCCAGGUGUUAUUAGAGAAGAACUUGACAACUGCCAAGAAAACUCUGUCACAAGUUGACGAUGAUCUUAGCUUCCUCCGAGAUCAAACAACAACAUUAGAAGUCAAUAUGGCUAGAGUUUACAACUGGGAUGUCAAGCGGCGGCAGGCAACACCAAGUGUGAAGUCUUAGCUGUUUAUAAUUAUUAUAUUUAGUCACUUCUUCUAUCCAACUUCACUCUGUCCAUAAUAUUAUACUACAUGCCAUUUCAUAAGUGCAGUGUUUACAGUUGUCAGUGCAAAUUUCAUUGUCCUCAAUGGUAAUGAAUGUUUGCUGGUGGUCAUAUAGAGAUGAACAACUAUAUAAUGACAUUGCAUGUUUUUUUGUACCAUUAAAUUAAGAGACAUUUUUAAAGGAAAAAUUAAAUCAUAAGACUGGACAUCUUUGAUCUCUUUGAUAUGGGUUGAAUUAGACUGCCCAUGGCCUUGAAAAGGUGGUAAUGUCUUAUUAAGUUAUUGAAAAAAUUAUAUGUUUAAUAAUAAAGCCAUGGUGUUAUGGCGUAAUAAUUGAAAUGUGAUGCCAAUAUUUUUCUACAAAUUUAAGCAGUGAAUACCUUCCUGAAUACAUUACAAGGGUCUUCUUAACUCGGGUUGUUACCACCAAAGCUGUUUAUGGCACUAACAAAACCAUGAAUGGUGGCAAACCUCCAAUCACUCUUGCAUACAUUUCACUGCAAUUCUUGAUAAAAUAAAUUCUGUUUAAAAGAAAGAAGAUCACAAUGUAGAAGAAAAUUUGUGACUGCUAUUUUAAGAAAUACUGUUAUGUGGUAACUGGCUUGCAGAAAAUCAAUUUAGGUUUACAACACAUUAGAUGCCCACUCUUAACAAGAUCAUCAUCUGUGUUGUAAAAGUGAUGGCAUAUUACAUGCACAACUGCUACUGUUUGGAAUAAAGUUGUGUGUCCACUUGUGCGGAUGCAGCUAAAAUCCAACACAAUGAAAUAACAUAAGACAGUGUCCAUUUGCUAGUUGUGGAAUGCGGUUGUGCAUAAGGCAGCAGAUACAUUUUUAACCAAAAGGAUCGUGUAGCGGCAGAUACGGAAAAUGUUUGGAAACAUGUCUGAAAACACGAGUGGAUAUAAAACCGUAUUGGUAACUGCAUAAAUGGACACAUUCACAAAACUUGUCCACAUUACAUUCAAACAAGAGUGACAUGUGACUUAACAGUAACAAAAAACUUUCAAAGACUGAGUUACUUAAAUACGUUGAGACUGCUGCAAUAACAGUAUGCUAGAUGCCACAUAGCCAUAGUUUUAAAAUUUGUUGUGGUUCCUUUAAACAAGCAUUCUGUUCAUUCAAUUAAAUACUGCUAUAACAAAGGUCAACCUACUUGUAAUUAUCAUUAAAAAAUUUGGAACAUUAUUCUGUAUUUUAGUUUAAUUAAUUUUGUCAUGAAGAUUGUUUCUCAGACUGUGUUAAUUAAGCUGCUACAAGACAUGCCAUUGCAAGGAAAGGUGCCUUGUAUAAUCUGAUCCUCUAGAUGUAUUACAGUAACAAUCACCAUAAUUAUAGUAUACAAAGUUAAUUUCUUUGCAAUUUUUGACUGUUCAACACAACUUCUACUAUCAGACCCUCAUUUAAAGAUCAUCCAAAGAACUGCUUUUUGGAUCACUAGCUGAAAGGUCAAGGUCAUUGCUAUUUAAAAAUCCAUUUUGUUUUCUUUUGUUAUAUAUGAGCUGUCCUACAGAGAUGACAUCAUGAACAGUACACUGAUGACAUCAUAGACAGUACACUGUCCUUACAAAUAACAAUUUAUCACACCAAUGUUUUGAUGUCUAUUCUGUUUUGUUGGCACAAUAAAUGAACAAAAAAACA